UUUAUUUUAGAAACAAGUAGACAAGCCGUCCAUUUAAAGUCACAUAUCGCUCCAGGGGUCAAAAGCUAUACCAGUUAGUGCUCGCGUUCCUUAUCCACAGAGAUGUGUCGCACUUGUUAGAGUUACGCUUGUUCUUUGCGUCUUUGCGAAUUCCGGUGUACAUCCCAGCAGCCAAUCACCUGCUAGAGGUAGUAGUUCUAUCAUCAAGUCCGAACAAGUCAGUGUAAGCAGCUGUCAAAGGGAACAGACUUCCGAACCAAACGAGAAAGAUGACGGAGGAUUUUCCAAGUGCUUCUCUAUUUCUUGCUGAGUGCCUACUAGCAGAGCUCACACAAGCUGUCGUCCAGGAAAGCCAAGAGCUGCAGGCUUUGGAGCUUCAACUCAGCGAAAAAGAAAACCUUCAAAGUAGCAGCAGCCUUUCCUUUAGCAAGCAAGACCAAAACAUCUUACUACACGAUUUAAACGAGAGCUUCAAAAUCAAAGGACCUUACCAAAUGUUCAACAGAUCCAAUAUGAAUAAUAACUAUUUACACAGUACAAUGAUUAACACGCUAUUAGAAAACAAAGACUUUUCAAAAGUCCACUCCGCUCAGGCGACAGGCCGCUAUCCAAGAUCACUUAGCGAUUCUGAGAUUCUGAAGUCUCUACAUAGCGAGUUUUCAAAUGAAAGCUUCUCAAGUCUGGUUGAGAAGAACAAGGGGGGUGAAAUAAUGGGUGGAGGAGCGGGAAAACCAUCUAGCCUUCAGAAAGGAGCAGAACAAGGGGAGAGUGAGAGGGGUGUAGAAGGAGAGUUCGGUAUGAUGACGAAUCCGUGCGCAGAUAUCACACCCCCAUCAGUAGACUUCUCGUACACUGAUAUCACGCCACCAUCAGUCAAAGUAGACUUCCUGGACAUCAAAGACUUCUACGAGAAGGCACAAAGCAGAGUUAAUCGUCAGUCGAGACAGCGUAUUCUAAACGCGCGUAUAGGCGUCGCCGUCACGUUCGAUGCGCAGAUCCAAGAGGUCGAGGCUGCCGUGGAGAGAAUGCCAGAGGCUCGCGUGCUCCACGGGGAUACCUGUGGUUUAGUGCCACUUAAAGUCGAGAUGGGGAAAUUGGAGUUGAAUAAGCAACACUUCACCGUAGACCUCGACUCCGUGUACUACUCAACUGACGGAUCGACCCCAGUCUACAAGCUCUCAACGGUUGACGCGGACAGACGUAACCGGUUCAGACUGGUGGUGAGGAUAGUGUUCUUAGAUGGAUGUCGUACGAGACCUUUCCACAGCCCGACAUUUCUACUCAGGAGCAAAAAACAUGUACGAUUUCGAAGUACAUCGUACUCGUGAUAAAAUAGCUUGGAAAAGAUCCGAGAAAGAGAAGAAAAAAAUUGUAGAAUUAAAUGACAAAAUGGUAGGUCACUGACAUUGGAACUCUGAUUUUUAACCAAAACAGCUGCAUUAUACACAUAUCUACAUUAUUUGUUUAUGUCCGAAAAUCAUACACAGGAAUAAAUUGCCUGUGAGAAUUAUAGUCCCGGGCAUUUUUCAUUUAUUCCUUUUAUAUUCAUACGCUUAAAUACGGUAUGACGUAUUGAAUUUCGACCAUUCAUAAGUCGAGGAUGGUUUAAAUCACCAAACCAUUUAUAACCAAAGCAUAUAGAGCGUUGGUUAAAAUUGAAAUAUAAAAAGAUGAAGUGAAAAUAGAUCAUCUUUCGAUCUGGUAUCCAAAAUGGCGUAGUAUUAGAGAGCUAGGGUAUGCUUUGGCUUAAUCUUAUCCUUAUCGCGGAUGAAUUAAAAUUUAAAUUUGUUUUU